GCGGUCCGAAAGUGUUACGGUUCAUUAGUACAUAUUUAAACCACAUCUAUAAAGCGCUAGUAGUAGGUAGGGCUAUUAUUGUAUUAAUAUUAUUUAGAUUUAUACAGGCAUCUAUAAUAGUAAUAUAAUAAGUAUAAUAAUUUAUGUUCAAUUUUUUUAUUUAAUGCCUCGAAGUUUUGUACUGUAAUAUUGUAGUAUAUAACGAGUGUAACAGUUAAAUAAUGCCUCGUACGUGUUGUGUGGUUGGGUGUCAAACUGGGUAUAAAUCCAACGAUGAAAAAGUGUCAACUUUUUCGUUCCCAAAAAAUGAAGAGAUGCAGAAUAAAUGGAUCAAAGCAAUACCAAGGAAGGAUUUUAUCGUAUCUAAAAAUGCAGCUAUUUGUGCUAAGCAUUUUACUGCUGAUCAAAUUAUCACGAAAUGGACAUCAGGAGUAGGUGAACAAAAAGUUGUUAUAAACUUGAAGAUUCCAAAACUGCAAAAAAAUGCAAUACCAUGCUUGUUUCCUGGACCAAAAUAUUUGUCUAAUCCACAGAAAAAAAGGAAAUCCCCCACAAAAAGAGUUUCUUUGGGUAGUAAUUGUAGGAAUUCUAAAAGCAUAAAACUAACCGAAGUAAUUUUGAACUAUUACAUUAAAUAUUUUUACUUAUACAAUAUAUUUUAUAUAGGUACUCACGGAUGAAAAUUAUUUUA